CGGCGGGGGCCGCGCGGGGCCGGGCCCGGGGCCGCUGACAGCCGCCGCCGCGCCAUGUACGCCAAGGGCAAGGGCUCCGGCGUGCCCUCGGACGGCCAGGCCCGCGAGAAGCUGGCGCUCUACGUCUACGAGUACCUGCUGCACGUGGGGGCCCAGAAAUCCGCCCAGACCUUCCUGUCGGAGAUCCGAUGGGAGAAGAACAUCACGCUGGGGGAGCCCCCCGGCUUCCUGCACUCCUGGUGGUGCGUCUUCUGGGAUCUGUACUGCGCCGCCCCGGACCGCCGGGAGACCUGCGAGCAUUCCAGCGAGGCCAAAGCCUUCCAUGACUACGUGAGUGCCUCGGGAUGGGGGGGUCCGUGCCCCCUGCCCCCCCCCCCCACCGCCCACACCGCCGGCAGGACCCCCCCGCCGGGGUUCCCGCACGCUGCCAGCCCCGGAUCUAACCCCCCCCCCCCCAUACCCCAAACCCCCCCCCCGCUAACCCUUCUCUCCCCCUCCCCACCUUUCCUUCAGAGCUCCCCCAGUAACUUGGGGGCCCUGAGCAACCCCCCCGGGACCCCUCGGGACGACGCCGAGCUGAGCAGCAAUUUCCUAAAUCCCUUCCAAAGCGACAGCUACUCGCCCAGCAUGACAAUGAGCGUGUGAGCCCCGCGCCGAGGCCAGCGACAGCCACAGACGCCCUCACCCACCACCACCACCACCACC